AUGCCAUCUAGACCUACCAGCCGCGUUCGCGAGAACAGUGAUGCUCCGAUCGAUAAGCUUGACUACCACCCUGGCGGGCGCCCAUUACUUGCCGAUGAUGGCCAUGCGAACGGGGAGAGCAGCACACAGAGUGAGGACAGAAGCUAUGCAGGAUCGUUCUUUGAGGAUGUCGCCGAGGACGUGGUGGAGAACGAUCGCGAGAGGUUGCAGAGAGAGAUUGCAAGAUAUGGAAGCUUUGCAUGGGCAUUGGUCAACACACUUGGAGCAGGGUCCAUAACAGCAUACUCACUCUAUGCUCCGCUCUUUCAAAGGAACCUACGCUACAGCCAACUGCAGGUCAAUGGCAUCUCGAUAACAGCGGAGCUCGCCAUGUACCUUCCAGUGCCGCUUUGGGGCAUGAUGUGCGAUCGGUUCGGCCCUGGACUACCUUCCCUCUUGUCAGGCUGCGCAUUCGGCCUUGGGUACCUUCUCGCAGCUCUCGCCUACAAGAGUGGCCCUCCACCCGAGCUCGGCGGCGAAGGCUGGCCGUACUGGGUCAUGGUUGUGGCUUUCGUGUUCAUUGGAAACGCCACUUCUUUCAUGUAUCUUUCGGCGGUCACGACUUGCGCGAAGAACUUUGGUCGGGGAAAGUACAAGGGGCUAGCACUUGCACUGCCAAUCGCAUGCUUUGGACUCAGUGGAAUGUGGCAGUCUCAAGUCGGAAGCCAGCUGUUGUACGAGAAGAAUCCGGAUGGCAGUAAAGGUGAUGUGGACGUGCAUCGCUUCUUUCUUUUCCUGGGCUUGUUCCUGCUCGCCACUGGCAUCAUCGGCUUCUUCACACUGCGGAUUGUGGGCGAGGAGGAAUUGAUUGAGGACGCCGUAGAGGAGCUGGAGCAGUCUGGCUUUUUGGACGACAGCCAGUUCUUCCACCGCGCAGUGCGAGCACGACAGGACGAGGUGGGCUACGGUACCCUCGACGACGAAGAAAUUGGUGAGAUUCGCCGCAAGACCGACGAACGAAAAGCGAAGCGGGAUGAGGAACAGCGCAUGAAAACCUGGUUGCUGAACGCAGAAACCUGCCGUUUUCUGAACGACAAGACGAUGUGGUUUCUCGCUGCUGGCUUCUUCUUCGUCACCGGUCCUGGUGAGGCCUUCAUCAACAAUCUUGGUACCAUCAUCGGCACCCUAUAUCCUCCCGUCUCUGUACCAGAAGGGGUGGAACGCACGACAGCAGCCACGCAUGUCUCCAUCGUAGCGAUCAUGAGUACGGUCGCGCGUAUCUUGACUGGAACGCUUACCGACCUCGUUGCCCCAACAUCCGCGGCUGGUCAGCAUCGUCGAGGUCCAACUUCACUUGCCAACAGUAUGGCGUCCCUGCAGCCAGAGCAGCCGAAACGAGGCAUUGAGAUUUCUCGUGUCACAUUCUUGAUAGGAUUUUGCAUUUUGAUGUCCAUCGGCCAGAUCUUCCUGGCUUCAGGCUUUAUACAGCAGCACGGCGAACGGUUUUGGCUUGUCUCGGCAUUCAUCGGUGCGGGCUACGGCGCUGCAUUCAGUCUUACUCCGAUCAUUGUCAGCGUGAUCUGGGGCGUUGAGAAUUUUGGCACGAACUGGGGCAUUUGUGCUACUGUGCCGGCAUUUGGUGCUACUGUAUGGGGCCUCAUAUAUUCAGGGGUAUACCAAUGGGCGGCAGACUGGAAUGCAAUCGAGGGAACCGAUAUUGUGGAGGAUAAGCUCUGCUACGGAGUUCGUUGCUAUCAGAGCACAUUCUGGGGCAUGGCCAUCUGCGUGUGGAUCGCGUGCGGUCUGUGGUUCUAUGCAUGGCGCGGCCCUGGCGGUUGGGCGAGGAGAGGCAUAGCUGUCUAA